AUGGCUUCUUGGGAGGAAUAUCUAGCGAGCCAGCAAAACAAUGACGGUGUUCAGUUCACCUGGAACAUGUGGCCGCAUAGUAGGAUUGACGCUCAACGACUCGUUGUUCCACUAACCUGUUUUUUCACUCCGCUCAAAGAAAAACCAGCAACUGAGCCACAACAGCCUCCUAUCGAGUAUGAUCCAGUGUUGUGCCAAAAAGCAAGUUGCAAAGCGAUUUUGAACCCAUUGUGCGCUGUCGAUUUCCGCAGUAAAACCUGGGUGUGUCCGUUCUGUUCGAAUCGCAAUCCAUUCCCAGCUCAUUAUGCAGCAAUCGCUGAAGAUAACCGCCCGCCAGAGCUUUAUCCACAAUUUACUACUAUUGAAUACACAUUACGGAAGGCAACCACAAUGCCUCCAAUUUUCGUUUUUGUCGUUGACACCUGUAUGACAUCCGAGGAGCUCAAAUCACUGAAGGAAUGCCUUCAAACCGCAUUGUCGCUUCUCCCAGCCGAUGCUCUUGUCGGUCUUAUCACUUUUGGAAGAAUGGUUCAGCUCCAUGAGUUGAAUGUUCAAGGAAUUGCGAGAAGCUAUGUGUUCAAGGGAACGAAAGAAGUCACCCAGAAGCAAAUCAAAGAUGUGAUCGCUUCCGGUUUGGGAGCUCGACCUGUCGCUGGUCCGGCGGGAGGCGGUGCCGGCAUCGGACCGAUUGGAGGAAUGCCGAUGGGACCAAUGAAUGGCGCCGGGCCGGUUGUUGGUGGAAUGAAUGGGCCGCCGGGUGCGGGACCAAUGGGCGGACCACGUGGGCCGAUGCCUGGAAUGCCGCAAGGAGCGAUGCCACAAGCGCCACCACAUAAUAAAUUCCUUCAGCCGAUCAGCGAAUGCGACGAGUCGAUCAAUGAUCUCAUUGAUCAGAUCACCGUUGAUCGUUGGCCAGUUCCACAAGGGCAUCGGCCGUUGAGAGCCACUGGCGCGGCUCUUGCUGUCGCUGUCACACUUCUUGAAUCGUGCUUCCCGAACACCGGUGCCCGCAUUAUGACGUUCAUUGGUGGCGCUUGCACUCAUGGCCCCGGUGCUGUUGUCGGCGAGGAGCUCAAGAAUCCGAUUCGAUCGUGGCACUCGAUCAAAGAGGAUAACGCGCCAUUCAUGAAGAAGGCGACGAAAUUCUAUGAUUCGCUCGCGAAUCGUGUUGUCAAGAACGGACACGCCGUUGAUAUCUAUUCGUGUGCGCUUGAUCAGACGGGACUUCUCGAGAUGAAGAAUUUGUUCAAUUCGACCGGCGGGCAUGUCGUCAUGGGCGAUUCGUUCAAUUCAUCGCUGUUCAAGCAAACGUAUCAGCGCUCGUUUGAAAAAGACGCCAAUGGAAACCUUAAAAUGGGAUUCAACGCCACAAUGGAGGCCAAAGUCGGCGCUGGCUUGAAGAUUGAAGGAGUUUUGGGAUGUUGCGCGUCGGGCAAUGUCAAAAACGCGAACGUUUCCGAUCAAGAAAUGGGAAUUGGUGGCACGUGUCAGUGGAAAUUUGGCGCGAUUUCGCCGCGCACCACAAUUGGCGUCGUUUUCGAGAUAUCGGCGCAACACGGAACGGCGAUUCCGCAAGGCGGAAGGGGCAUGGUUCAAUUCGUGACUCAGUAUCAACACUCGGACGGACGUAAACGCAUUCGAGUGACGACGACAUGCCGAAGCUGGGCAGAUAUGGCGACGCAACAGCCGAAUAUCGCCUAUGGAUUUGAUCAGGAGGCGGCGGCGGUGGCGAUUGCGCGGCUUGCUUCAUUCCGCGCGUCGAACGAGAAUGAUACGCCAGAAGCGCUUCGAUGGUUGGAUAGAACACUGAUUCGAUUGUGUCAGAAGUUUGGUGAAUAUGCGAAAGACGAUCCGAACAGUUUCCGGCUCAACGACAAAUUCUCAUUGUUCCCGCAAUUUAUGUUCCAUUUGAGGCGAUCCCAAUUUUUGCAAGUGUUCAACAAUUCUCCGGAUGAGACCGCUUAUUAUCGACACAUUUUGUUCUCUGAGAAUGUGCUUGAAAGCACCACGAUGAUUCAGCCAGUGUUAUUCAGCUACUCCUUCAAUGGUCCACCGGAGCCAGUUCUACUUGAUACGUCGUCAAUUCUUCCGGAUCGCAUUCUUCUCAUGGAUGACUAUUUCCAUGUGUUGAUCUUCCAUGGACAGACAAUCGCGCAGUGGAGAAAGAUGAACUAUCAGGAUGAUCCGCAGUAUGCGACGUUCAAGCAGCUUCUCGAAGCGCCAGUUGCCGAUGCGACGGCGAUAUUGCAGGAGAGAUUCCCGAUGCCAAGAUAUAUUGUCACUGAGCAUGAAGGAUCGCAGGCUCGAUUUUUGCUUUCGAAGGUCAAUCCGUCCCUUACUCACAACAAUCCGUAUGCUUCUGAAGGCGGAGCGGCGGUUUUCACCGACGACGUUUCGCUUCAAGUAUUUAUGGAGCAUUUGAAGAAGCUCGCAUCGUCAUCGUCCACAUAA